GUGUGUGUGUGUGUGUGUGUGUGUGUGUGUGUUGGGGGGGGAUUGAGAGAGCUGGAGAGCGAGCUUUCUAGCAAGAGAGAAGAUCCAGUAGGACGAUGAUCUGAAAAGAGGGCGCGAGUCCAGAGGAGAGUUGUGUAUCCGCUCUUUGGAAGAUGAACAACGCAGAUUUGCCAAAGCCACCACUAGCACCAAAGCCAAAGAUUACUGGUCAUCUUUCUCCAGUAGCUGUCUCUAAGCUUCCCUCAUUACCACGGCCUGAUAUUCUUCAGAGUCCAAACUCUAUGUCUAGAGGACCGAAACCACCCAUAGCCCCCAAGCCCAAACUGGCAGCAGAGGAAGGGAGAUGCAGCGUAUACAUGAAUAAUAAUCUAAACAAAUGCAGUAAUGGGAAAUUAAUAUGUCCUGAUGGAGAAAUAUAUGAAAGAAAUCAGUGCAACACAAAGUGCUCAGAACCUGAGGUUGACGAUGAGUAUAUUGUGGUUCCUGGAUCUCAUCUGGUAGAGAAAGACUACAAGGUCCUUGCACAUGAACAGCACAAAUGUUAUGUAGAGAACGAGAGCGCGGCAGCUCCAGAAGCAUUGGAAGAGGAAAAAGAAGAGGAGGACCCCAGCACUGCUAAUGAGGGGGACGACUGUAAUAUCAAAGCAACGGAAGCUGAAGAGGACCCAUUGGGAGUGCCCAGUGCUUCCGAGGAGCAGGCUCAAACUGCAGUCGCUGAUGGGACUGACAGACCUAGCCAAGGCUCCCUGGUAGCGUGUGAAGACCCAGGGAAUGUGGCUUGUGAAGAUGACCCAGGUCAGAAAGAAGAGGAGAAUCUGGUCACGGACAACAAUGAGUCCAACCUAGAAAACGAGAAGAUUUUGAAUGGUAGCGAAGAUCUGAAGGAUAGUGUCUGUGAAGAUAUUAUUUUAACACCAAUAGCAAUAGAUGAAACAGAAUCUAAUGUAGAGAAACCAGGCAAUGAACAACACCUGUCAAAUGUUGAAGAUGCCAACGGAGAAGAGAAUGCUGAACCCAUAGCAUUGGAAAAUUGCGAUCUUACUUGUUUGGACGAACCGCCCGCUGAAGAAGAAACCCAAGUCGGGGUAGACAGGCACGUAAAUGAACCUAGUGAAGUCUUAGAAAUCACCAAUGAGAUGGUUCCAAAGGAUGAUGAAGCAGCCUCAACCAAGUUGGAUCCCGAAAUCCCAGAGAGGGAGAAUGAAGUCAACCUGGCAGAGGGAGACGAUGAAGAUGGUGGCUACCAAAACAUUGAGGUGAAAAAUAGCGAAGUAACAGACACAAACCUUGACUUGAAGGAAGAUGCUCAAGUGGAUGAAGAUGCAAUGAGGGAAGAAACUGCUGAUGACAGCUGUCAAAUUAUUCCUUUUGAGAAUGAAGGGAGUGAUGAUCUUGUGGAAAAUUCCUAUGAGUUUUUCCAAACUGAAAGUACUUCUUUCUGUAGUGAUAAUUACUCAUCUUUUCUAGAUUCAGGGGCCAAGUCCGGAGCUUUUCCUCAAGGUGACUGUGAAACUGAAGAUUCUCUGAAGGAAAACCGUAAGGUUGUUGAAUCUGAAGAGGAGGUGGCUAUGUCCAAAGAACACGUGAACUGUGAAGUGGCGGGUGUGGGGAGUGGUGGAGGCGAGACUCAAGAAAAUGAGGGCUGUGAGACCCUAUUAAUUCCCAACGUCGUAGUUGUGUCAGAGGGAGUUAACAAAAAUGAAACAGUCGAAAUGACAUUCACUAAGACCUACGGGAUGGGCAGUAGUUUAAUCUGCCAGGCUGAGAAUCCUCUUCUUGGAGACUUCGGGCAUCCUGAAACAGGAGAGAACUUGGCUGGUUCUUACAAUGUAAAAGAAGAAAUAAAUGUUGAUGCCGACAGUACCUUGCUGCCCACUGAUCGAAAAAGUAUCAUCACCAGGUCCCGAUCUCACUCUGGAAAGGUUCCUGGGUAUGUCCCUGAAACGGUUCCUGAAGAAACUGGACCAGAAGUUGACCUGCCAGUCUUAAACCAUGAGCAUGUGGCUGGAGAGAUAAGCAAGAACCUCCUGCCAGUUGAGGGCAAACCAUUAGAAAUCAGUAGGGCCUUGCCAGCCAAGCCCAGGCGCUUCAUUUUAUACCCUAGAUCUUUCUCGGUGGAAGGCAGGGAUAUCCCAGUCUCUGUGUAUAGGGAAGGUGAUGGGUCUCUGCUGGAUGAGAACCGAAUCAAGAGGAAAGAGGACAAUCUUUCCCUGCCUUGUGUUAUUGGCUCUUCAGGGAGCUUCUCCCAGAGAAGCCAUCUACCCUCUAGUGGCAUGUCAACUCCAUCUUCAGUGGUUGAUAUCCCACCUCCUUUUGAGCUGGCUUGCAUCACCAAAAAACCCAUAACAAAGAGUUCUCCCUCACUCCUUAUAGAGAAUGAGUCCCCCGAUAAGUAUACCAAGAAGAAGAAGUCCUCUUUUAAGAGAUUCCUGGCCCUGACAUUCAAAAAGAGGACCGAAAGUAAAGUUCACGUGGAUGUCAAUGUUUCUUCUUCCCGGUCCUCUUCAGAAUCCAGCUACCAUGGGCCAUCGAGACUCAUGGACAUGGACAGGAGGAGCUUGAGUAACUCUCCUCAGCUGAAGACACGGUCCGGGAAGCUCCGAGCUUCUGAAUCGCCUUCUGCUAUCAUAUUUUACAAAGACGGCAAGAGGAAAGCGACACCUUUAAGCAGAAGUGUGUCACGAGUGGAGUCAUUCGAGGAUCGCUCCAGGCCCCCUUUCAUGCCCCUUCCCCUCACAAAACCUCGGUCCAUUUCAUUUCCCAAUGCUGACACUUCUGAUUAUGAGAACAUCCCAGCUAUGAACUCAGACUAUGAAAAUAUUCAGAUUCCCCCUCGCAGGCCCACCAGGGCAGGAACCUUUACAGAGUUCUUUGAAGAUCCCAGCAGAGCACUCUCCACAGCAAAUGAAAACGACGGCUAUGUGGACAUGAGCAGCUUUAAUGCAUUUGAGAGCAAACAGCAAGCUUCAGACCAGGAAACAGAAAGUGCCUACACAGAGCCCUACAAGGUUUGUCCCAUUUCCGUGUUCCCUGUGGAAGAUAUCACAUCAGACGAGGAACAGAAAAGCUCAGAAGAGGAGGAGAGCUGCCAGAGAGAUCCCAGCCUCAUCCCCAAGAAGGAUGGACAGUCCAGAGCUUAUAUCAUCGCUCAGGAGCUAGUGUCCUCGGAGAAAACAUAUGUGGAGAUGCUCCAGCGCUUGCAUAUGGAGUUCUGUGAUGCUGUCCUAAAAGUACUGGGUGAGGAAAACGAGGAGGACGAAGGUGUGCCCGGAACGGGGAAUAUGAAGUGGGGCUUGAAGGAGCUCUCCAGCAUCUAUGAACUGCACCAGGAGAUCCUGGAUGAGCUAGAGGCCAGAAUACUGCACUGGGAAGAACAACCGAAGCUGACUGAUGUUUUCCUCACCAGAGCAUCAAGGUUCAACCACCACACAGCAUACAUUUUGCAGUUUGACAAGAAUUUGGCUUUGCUAGAUGAAAACUGUCUUAAAUAUUCCCAACUGGCUACCACCAUCCGGGAGUUUGAGCAGACUUCCACUAGCGGAGGCCAGAGUGUGAAGCACCAACUCCUGAAGGUUGUCCAGCGCAUCUUCCAGUAUCAUGUGCUCUUCACAGAUUACUUGAAUAAUCUUUGUCCAGACUCAGCAGAGUAUGAAGGCACACAAGCUGCUUUGGUCAUUGUCUCCGAAGUUGCAGACAGAGCCAACGACAGCAUGGAGCAGGGGGAAAACUUGCAGAAGUUGGUACACAUUGAACACAGUGUCAGGGGGCAGAGCAAUCUCCUCCAGCCAGGAAGGGAAUUCCUGAAAGAAGGCACACUGAUGAAAGUGACAGGGAAGAACCAACACCCUCGGCAUUUGUUCUUGAUGAAUGAUGUCCUCCUGUACACAUAUCCCCAAAAGGAUGGCAAAUACCGGCUGAAGAACACGUUGACGGUUUCUGGCAUGAAGGUCAGCCGCCCUGUGCUGGAAAAAGUCCAAUACGUGCUGAAGAUUGAGUCUGCGGAGGGCUGUCUGACCCUUUCCGCCAGCUCCUGUUCUGAAAGAGAUGAGUGGUACAGCUGUAUCAGCAGAGCUCUACCGGAUGACUACAAAAUCCACACCUUGGCCGCCUUCCACAACAGCGUCGAGAUUAGGGAAAGGCUGGGAAUCUGUCUGGGGGAGAGGCCCCCAACCUUGGUACCUGUGUCCCAUGUCAUGAUGUGUAUGAACUGUGGCUGCGAUUUCUCCCUCACCUUGAGACGUCAUCACUGUCAUGCAUGUGGGAAGAUUGUGUGUCGGAACUGCUCAAGAAACAAGUACCCUCUGAAGUACCUCAAGGACCGUCUGGCCAAAGUUUGUGAUGGUUGUUAUGCAGAACUGAAGAAACGAGGCGGGGAUGUCCCAAUUCUGUUAAGAGAACGGCCAGUAAGCAUGAGUUUCCCUAUGUCUUCAUCCAGGUUUUCAGGCAGCACCUUCUCCUCUGUCUUCCACAGCAUUCACCCCUCAACCUUCAAGAAACAGAAGAAAAUCCCUUCAGCUCUUAUGGAGGUGGCAGCAUCAGGAGAAGGCUCUGCAAUCAGUGGAUAUCUCAGCCGGUGCAAAAAAGGCAAGAGGCAUUGGAAGAAGCUCUGGUUUGUCAUCAAAGGCAAAGUCCUCUACACCUACAUGGCGAGUGAGGAUAAAGUAGCCACAGAGAGUAUGCCUCUUUUGGGUUUCACCAUUUCCCCAGAAAAAGAGGAAGGAAGCAGCGAAGUAGGACCAAUUUUUCAUCUUUACCACAAGCAGACUCUAUUUUAUAGCUUCAGAGCGGAAGAUUCCAAUUCAUCGCAGAGGUGGAUUGAAGCUAUGGAAGAAGCAGCUGUAUUAUAGCAGUUAUCGCUCAAGUGGACUCAGAAUAAACUCUGACUUAUAUACAUUCCCAACAGACACUUUGUAUUUCCAGAAGCAGAGCAGUGUAUUUCAGUCCAUCCGGAUGUACGCGCGGGAUUAAAAUUGACUCUGGAUCUCUUUCUUUCUCUCUCUCCCUCUCUUUUUCUUCCAACCCCUUUGCUCCACAAUUUCACAAGUGGAAAAUUUAAUAUAAGGAAUAUUUAUGGCUUUCUCCUUUAUGUCUAUGUGUUUGUGCAUAUGUGUGUGUGUGUGUUUGUUUUCAACUUGUACUAUAACCUAUUCCCAUAUCUGACAGUAAGUUAAGUUUUAAUAUCUUGAAGACUUUAAAAGCAAGUUGAUAUGCAAUAUUAUUUUUAAACACCAGCCAGAUACAUUAACAAGAGUAGGACUGGACAUUUAGUAGAAAACGGGCCUUCAAUUUUACUUGUUGUAAAACACUGUCAACUUUCGUUGGGUUGAUUUUGGUGCCUCCGCUAUUCUCAUUUAAAGCACUUUAUUGUUUUUCUGAACUAGUCUCUUUUUUCAUGUUUUCCAAGUAAUUUACUUAAGUAAAUGACAGACGGGGGUCCUGUGGACUACUUUACCACCAGUACUGCGGCAAGUACUAGCAAAAGUAAAUUGCUUUCCCGUGCAGUGAGUGAAUAAAAACAUGUAGUGCCCAGUUUACAGUAGGUUACCCGUACUUCAGUGGCAAGGAAUUGGAACCGUUUCUCUCCCCCAAUUUAUGUUAAGUGUAUAAUUGUAUAAUUUAUUGAAUGAGAGAAUCCAUCCUUUCCACUUGAGUACUUAGCAUUGCACUAGCCCUGAAAACUCAAAUGUUGGCUAACUCUGCCUCCCUAAAGAUUAUGUCCAAGCCGCUGAGGAAUUGAAAGGACUUUUUUAUUUAUUUUCUAUCUUUCUACAGUUUACAUGUGAUACCACUCUCAUUGUUAGUGUUGAUUAUAUUUAAUAGAAUCCAUACUUACUUUACAGAUCCUAAUCCUACAGCUUUAUAACUGUAGUGUAGUUUAUUGUUUUAAAGAGCGAGAGAGAGAGAAACAUCAAAAGGUUAAUUCAUUUUGAGACAUGUUGAGAGAGCCAAAAGCACUUGUCUGAGGAUGUUGCUUCUGAAUGAACUUCUCUGGCUAAAUGCAUUUUAUUCUGACUGCUGGUGUUCAUUAGCCUUUACGAUUUUUAUAUAAAGCAGAAUGGGGGGUGGGGAGGGAAGUUCAUGUUAUACUCAUUGCAAUAAAAACAAUCUUGUGUGUUAACUUUUAAUACUUGUCCAGAAACAACAAUGACGAAAAGGCAUUUACAGCUAAACCUUUAUAUAAAAGACCAGCUUACAUUACACAUCUUCAG